AUGGCUGAUGAACCUGUCAUUCCAAUCCCCUCACCCGGCGCGACGUCCGUCGACAAGCAACCGACUGAUGAACGGAGAGAAGAUUCCCACGCGGAUCCUGCCUCACUGCUAGUUUCCCCAUCGCGUCCCGCUCCCAAGGACAAAGACGGCGGAGAAGUACAAACAGAGGCAACGGUUGAGUUCCACUCCAUCCUGCAACCGACUGGAGCCAAGCUCAACAUCAGCAGCACGCCGCACUCGAAGCGUAGAGCUCCGACCCUGCGCUCCGCCUGCCCAAAGAUGGGGGUUGUGCAUCCAUAUGAGCAGCCAACUGCGAAGCGGCCGAGGGCGAGUUCUUCUCUCCUGUCAGUUGUAGGCCCGGAGAUUCUAGCUCGCGCCUUUUACAACUACGACCCACGCAAUACCGAGGGCUGGAUCUGGACUCAAGGGACCGCAAAAGACAGACAGGAUGCGGCUGACCGCAAAUUCGCUCCGCGGUCAGCAAGUCCAGAUUUGGUCAAGCACCACGAAUGUCUGUUUCUGUCGGAUUCUGAAACCGCCAGUGAGGGGAGUCCUUCGACAUACAUGUCGGAUAUAUAUACCCAGAAUAGUACCCCACCAAGGAAGCGCAAGAGCGCUCCAGGAUGCACAGACACCAGUCAACCCAAACCUCAGGAACAUGCCGUGGAUGACGAUGGCUACUCACAAGAGAGCAGCGAUGCCAAACGCUUUGCUGCCAGCGGGCCCGCAGAUACGCCCAUCGCGCUCCCAGCCGGACGCAACCUCAUUUCAGUUCCCGCACAGAAGAGGCCGGGCUUGCCCAAGUACGCAUGGUCGGAUGGACGCAAGCAUAUCUGGACGCAGUCCGGGAAGGCGCUACCUGCGGAGGCAACUGCGAGCCCACCGUCGCCGCUAUAUAGUUUCUGCCCUUCGUCAAAUGUCGACCUGACCCAUCUUGGAGGACAUUACGUAUCAGCAGUGGAGGUUCUGAUGUUCUUCCCCUUGAGUACUCUUUGGAGAGAAGUGAUAUUCAGACUGUGGAGCAAUGGCUGGGAUCCAAACGACAUCGCAAAGUUCAUUCUAUUCUCGCGCGACAUCUCGGAUUCUGGAGCCAUCAACUCAACAACCCUUGUUCAACAGCGGAAGAAAGCUCGCGAGUGGGCACAGCAGCAAGGAAUCCAGAACGGUGAAUAUGCCCAGCUGGAUUUCUCCAAUGUUUCAACCGACCAAGGCUACCACAAAAAGACCAAUGACCUCGAGGACUAUCGCCCUCGAGACCUGGCCAAUGGUGUCGCACACAUGCCGAGUGGUGUCGAUCGCCAACUACUGACUGCCGCGAUUGAGCGGGCUGUAGAGCGUGGUGAAGACGUACUCCUCAGCAACUUUUCCCAGUACGUACACGAUAAUCGAGCCGCACUGGAGGCAGGCCUGGUUCAAAUCCGGGGCAGUGGCAAUCCUGACAAGGAGGCGGCCGAACGAUGGAGAUCGUCAGCGGAUAUCAAACGAUUCAUCUCCAGAAUCAACUGGAGGCGGCGCUAG